AUGGCUCAGCACGAUGAGCAUACCGUGACCGAAACACACGCCGACAUGUCCCGCGCCGCGGAGCCCGCCACGUCUACCGCGCAUAGCAAGGAUGCAGUGGUAGACACAGCGCCAGUGAAGGAUGCGACCGAGAAUGUCGAUACAUCUACAGAACCUCCCUCAGAUACGCGUCCUCCAGACGAGACUCCCGACACCACAGAAUCUCCAGAGUCUGCUACCCCAGAGACUGCAAAGGAAUCCGAAGAUGCCGCGGACAAAAAAGAGGAACUCGGGACCGAGAGGGAGGCUAUCCCGGUUAUCGUCAACUCCAAUCCGUCUAUAGAAACACUCCAAUCGCCGCAUCCCAAUCACAUGCCAGAUAUACCAAUGAAUGGGAGACCCCGGUCCGACACCCUAUCCACAGUCGCUACACAAGGAACACCUCGAUCUGCGCCGAUUAGUUCCAUGGUCUUUGUGACUUCCGCUCUGGAUACAAUUGCAGCAUCGAAGGAAGCGCGACGAAGCAAAGAGCUAGAGGAAUCUGUGAAGUCUGCCCUCGCGAACAUCAAGCAGUCGGACCAACAUCCCAUCGACCCCGAAAUUAUAUUCAAACCCCUGGAGCUUGCUAGCAAGACGCUCAGCAUCCCUUUACAAAUUACCGCACUGGAUUGCAUUGGAAAACUGAUUACAUACUCCUAUUUCGCGUUCCCUUCCUCCCCAGAAGAAUCUACGUCCGAGUCCACAGAUCGGCCACCUUUGAUAGAACGGGCUAUUGAGACAAUAUGCGACUGUUUUGAAAAUGAAGCCACUCCUCCAGAGAUACAGCAGCAGAUUGUCAAGUCUCUGCUUGCUGCAGUGCUCAAUGAUAAAAUCGUUGUCCACGGAGCUGGUCUACUCAAGGCAGUGAGGCAAAUAUACAAUAUAUUUAUUUACUCAAAGUCAAGCGAAAAUCAGCAUAUUGCGCAAGGGUCUCUGACCCAAAUGGUCGGUACUGUUUUCGACCGAGUUCGCAUCCGUCUAGACCUCAAGGAAUCCAGGCUUCGGGAAGCAGAGAUCCAUCGCAAACGUGCUGCUUCGGAUGCAUCAUUUCAGCCCGAUAACGGCACUCCAAAUGAUCAAGAUGAAUCCGCUGAAGACGGGAUAUCUCCUGUCUCGGACCACCCUGUUGCAAAGGAGCCAAGAGAAAAGAUGACACUCCAAAGUUUUGAGACAAAUAAAGACGAGGCUAUGGUUAAUGACAACGCACCGACGAUGGUGACUCGGGCAAAGGUAGCCCGGAAAACUUCCCGCGCGACCCCUGGAGACGAUCUGGAUCCCACAUUAGACGAAGAAGACGAGAUUUACGUGAAAGAUGCGUUCCUUGUUUUCCGGGCUUUAUGCAAACUGAGUCACAAAAUUCUAUCUCACGACCAGCAGCAAGAUCUUAAAUCUCAAAAUAUGAGAUCUAAAUUGCUUUCCUUGCAUUUGAUGCAACACCUUCUUAACAACCAUGUCGCCAUAUUCAUUUCCCCUCUCGCCACAAUCAAAAGCAGUUCGACAACCAAUGAAGUUAUGACCCUCCUACCAGCUAUACGGCCCCAUCUUUGUCUGAGUCUGAGUAGGAACGGAGCCAGUGCCGUACCCCGCGUGUUCGAAGUUUGCUGCGAGAUAUUUUGGCUUAUGUUAAAACAUAUGCGGGUCAUGCUGAAGAAAGAACUAGAGGUGUUCUUUAAAGAAAUUUAUCUCGCUAUUCUUGAAAAACGCAAUUCGCCGAUAUUUCAGAAGCAAUAUUUUAUGGAUAUUCUUGGGAGGUUAUCCUCCGAUCCUCGUGCGUUGGUCGAAUUAUAUCUGAAUUAUGAUUGCGAUCGUACCGCUUUAGAAAAUAUGUUUCAGGGAAUAAUAGAGCAGUUGUCUCGCAUGUCCAGCGUCCCUGUGGCCGUCACCGCUCAACAACAGCAACAGUAUCAGGAACAUCAUGCAAAGACUCCAACUUCUGCUCACGAUUGGCACCAGCCGGGGACAUUACCCCCAUCACUUUCGACGGCAAGGAUCGACAACUUAGCACCAGUGAACACGCAAAGCAUACCUCCUGAAUACGCAAUUAAGCAAAAAGCUCUAGAUUGUCUCGUGGAAAUUCUUCGGUCUCUUGAUACCUGGUCCUCUCAGGAUAAAGAUGUUUCAAAGCCUGUGCUUCGCGAAACAUUCUCCCGGGCUUCUCUCGAAAUGUCUCGAGAAUCCCUUGACACUACUGCCCCGACGUUAACUAUGUCUUCUCCCCGGUUAGAUAGCGGAGAAAUCCUCACUGGUCAAUCAACACCUGUCGUUGAAGACGAUCCUAAAGAAAUCGAGAAGGUCAAACAGCGAAAAAUCGCAUUGACAAAUGCAAUCCGACAAUUUAACUUUAAACCUAAGAGAGGAAUGAAAUUGCUCCUUUCUGAAGGGUUUACUCGCUCGGAUUCUCCUGCAGAUAUUGCAAAUUUUCUGCUUCGAAAUGAUCGGCUUGAUAAAGCCGCGCUUGGCGAAUUUCUUGGUGAGGGGGAUGCUGAAAACAUUGCCAUUAUGCAUGCUUUUGUCGAUUUGAUGGACUUUGGCAAUCGCGGCUUUGUGGAUGCUCUUCGCGAGUUUCUGCAGAGCUUCAGAUUGCCGGGAGAGUCUCAAAAGAUCGAUCGUUUUAUGCUCAAAUUUGCUGAGCGGUAUCUUACCGGAAACCCAAAAGCUUUUGCCACAGCCGAUGAUCCCUAUGUUCUGGCCUACUCCGUUAUCAUGCUGAACACUGAUUUGCACAGUUCAAAACUGAAGCGGAAGAUGUCCAAGGAUGAUUUUAUUCGGAAUAAUAGAGAUCUCCAGGAUGUAUCGCAUGAGUACCUCGGGGGGAUAUACGACGAAAUUGCGAAUAAUGAGAUUGUUUUGUUCAGUGAGAGAGCCCAUGCUGCGAAUUUAGGCCAACAAGCCCCGGCCCCUGGACUUGCCUCGAGGGCAGGACAAGUUUUAGCCACAGUUGGGAGAGAUAUACAGGGCGAACGAUAUGCCCAAGCAUCAGAAGAGAUCGCCAACAAAACAGAGCAGCUCUAUCGAAGUUUAAUCCGUGCUCAGAAGAAGUCUGCUAUCAGGGAAGCUCUCUCUAGAUUCAUCCCGGCUACGUCUGUGCGACAUGUCGGCUCCAUGUUUAAUGUAACUUGGAUGUCAUUCCUAUCCGGUUUGUCAGCGCAAGUCCAAGAGACUCACAACUUGGAUACCGUUCGGCAGUGUAUGGAGGGGAUAAGGCUUGCAAUUCGGAUAUCAUGCGCAUUCGAUUUAGAAACUCCAAGGGUUGCGUUUGUAACGGGCCUUGCUAAAUUUACCAACCUUGGAAAUCUUCGAGAAAUGAUGGCGAAAAAUCUAGAAGCAUUAAAAAUACUUCUUGAUGUUGCUGUUAGCGAAGGAAACAAUUUGAAGAGUUCCUGGAGAGAAGUCCUUACAUGCAUUAGCCAGUUAGACCGUUUACAAUUGCUCACUGAUGGUGUCGAUGAAGGUGCCCUCCCGGACAUGUCCGUUUCUCGCGCGGUGCCGCCAUCUGACCCCCGCUCACGCAAAUCGCUGCAAGUUCCACGAAAGUCGCGACCUCGGUCUAUCAACGGACUGUCGCGGUUCGGAUCGGAGGUUGCGAUGGAGAGUCGAUCUGCGGAGAUGGUUCGAGGAGUAGACCGAAUUUUCACAAAUACGGCCAAUUUGUCGCAGGACGCCAUUGUGGAUUUCGUCUGGGCCCUGAGCAAUGUAAGCUGGCAAGAAAUACAGUCCUCUGGCCAAAGCGAGUCCCCACGUACCUACAGCUUGCAGAAGCUUGUGGAAAUAAGUUAUUACAACAUGACCCGUGUUAGGAUUGAGUGGAGUAGGAUUUGGGAGGUCCUUGGAGAGCAUUUCAACCAAGUCGGCUGCCAUACGAACACUGCGGUCGUUUUCUUCGCCCUGGAUUCUCUGAGACAACUCUCAAUGCGAUUUUUAGAGAUUGAGGAGCUACCAGGGUUCAAAUUUCAGAAGGAUUUCUUGAAACCCUUUGAGCAUGUCAUGGCAAAUAGCACCGUUGUUACUGUUAAAGACAUGGUGUUGCGAUGUCUAAUCCAGAUGAUACAAGCUAGAGGCGACAACAUUCGAUCUGGCUGGAAAACGAUGUUUGGUGUUUUUUCCGUGGCUGCAAGGGAACCCUAUGAGGGCAUUGUAAAUAUGUCAUUUGAGCAUGUAACUCAGAUAUAUAAUACUCGCUUCGGAGUUGUCAUCACACAGGGCGCUUUCCCUGACAUGAUGGUUUGCCUAACUCAGUUCUCGAAGAAUCUGAAAUUCCAGAAAAAAUCCUUACAGGCGAUCGAGACUCUGAAGUCAACGGUUCCUAAAAUGCUCAGAACCUCAGAGUGCCCUCUUUCCCGACGUCGAUCUUCAACAUCAAGCGCCUCGGGCGAUGGUGCUCCGAUGACACCAAAAAAGAGUAGACAGACAGCAGAGGAGCAAUUUUGGUAUCCCAUUCUGAUUGCAUUCCAAGAUGUUCUAAUGACUGGGGAUGACCUCGAAGUUCGGUCUAAGGCACUUAUAUAUCUCUUCGAGAUCCUCACUAACUAUGGCGGUGACUUCCCAGCCGAUUUUUGGGAUGUGCUUUGGCGGCAACUGUUAUACCCUAUUUUCGUUGUAUUACACUCCAAGUCAGAGAUGUCGAAAGUUCCAAAUCACGAAGAACUCUCUGUCUGGCUCUCGACAACCAUGAUUCAGGCCUUAAGACAGAUGAUCGGCUUGUUUACUCACUACUUUGACUCUUUGGAGUACAUGCUGGACCGUUUCCUCGGACUUUUAACUUUGUGCAUAUGCCAGGAAAAUGACACUAUUGCGCGGAUUGGUAGUAAUUGUCUACAACAGUUGAUAAUCCAAAACGUUCAGAAAUUCCAGGUGGGCCAUUGGGACAAAAUUGUGGGAGCGUUUGAGGAGCUUUUUGAAAAGACGACUGCUUAUGAGCUCUUUACAGCUGCCAUGCCAGGACCUAUGAAGAGUACAGAGGAUCACACAACAGACGACUCUGCAUCGAUCAAUCAGCACAUUACCGGCGAAGAUGAAUCGACUCUCAAUGGGGAACAGAAACCCGAAUCGGCAGCUGAUGAUGAAAAGGCUAAAGAUCAUCAAGACUCCGCUCAGCUGGAGGACAAUGACUCGCACUCUAACCCGCUACAAGCUCCUCCAGCUAUCAGCGCCAGCCGUCGGCGGUUUUUCAACCGCAUCAUAACGAACUGCGUACUUCAGCUUCUGAUGAUUGAGACGGUCAACGAGCUGUUCUCGCUUGAGGCCGUAUAUGACCAAAUCCCAAGCCACGAGUUGCUGCGGCUAAUGCUGCUGUUAAAGAAAAGCUACCAGUUUGCAAAGAAGUUCAACGAAGCCAAGGAACUCCGGGUUGCACUCUGGAAACAAGGAUUCAUGAAACAGCCUCCGAAUCUUUUAAAGCAAGAAAGCGGAAGCGCGGCAACAUACGUGAGCAUUCUGUUCCGGAUGUACCAUGAUGAAGGCGAUGAGAGGAAAAGCAGCCGCAAGGAGACGGAGGAAGCGCUUAUACCACUUUGUGCGGACAUCAUCCAAGGGUACAACACCCUAGACGAGGAGACGCAGCAGCGCAACAUUUCGGCGUGGCGCCCGGUUGUGGUGGACGUGGUCGAGGGCUACACGGGCUUUGCACGGGACACGUUCGAUAAACACAUCGAGACGUUCUAUCCGCUCUGUGUCGAGCUCCUUUCCCGCGACGUCAACACAGAGAUUCGGUUAGCACUGCAAGUCCUGCUACGACGGAUGCCAGACCCUGCCAUUGAUGCUGCGGCUGCUCCUCUGCCUCCCGCCCUGUCCACUGCCGCCUCCUCCUCCUCCUCCUCUUCCUCUUCCUCUGAACCAGCCAGUGACAGCCGUGAUUCCACAGCUGGCCCUCUUCUAACGCCGUUCACUGCAUCCCCACCCCCAUCCCAUCACCCCAACAGUGAUACCGCCGAGCAUCUACAUCCAUCCACCAUGCCAGAUGAAACUACAGCAUCAUCGACCGGCAAUGCCGAUGGUCUGGAGAAGAAGCAAGAAGCUGGUGCUGAAACACUGACCCCCAAAACAGAGCCCACUCCAUGCACACUGUCAGGCACAGAAAAUGCCCCCAAGAAAGCUCUGUGCAAGAAGCAUAAUGUAGUGCACGGCCAGAAAGCAGACAAAUCAAGCAAGAAAAAGAAAAAGAAGGCCGCUGAAUCUUCCUCUUCAGACAGUGAUAGUGGCGCCGAUUCCUCAUCCUCACCUUCGAGCUCUUCCUCAUCGUCAGAUAGCUCGGAUUCCGAUUCAGAAGACUCUUCGGACUACGAUGCCCAUAAGAAAUCCAAAAAGAAGAAGAAAAAGAAGAGGGCCAAGGAGCGGGCUAGAAAGCUCAAGCAAAAGAAGAAGGCCAAGAAGGAAGAGUCGUCCACAACGGAAACUGACUCCGACAGCGACGACAACGAUGCUUCUUCUGACGAUGAGAAGGCUAAAAAGGCUAGGCUAAGGGCAAAGAAGAAGGCUCGAAAGGCUAAGAAACUGCAAGAAGCAGAGACGGAAGAUGACGGCGAAGCCGAUGAUGGCGAGACACAAACCCGGGCCAAUCGUGCCAAGGCAGCCCUCCAGCUUCGAUCUAGCAUGCGCCGGGCGAAGCUCAAGCAGUCUGGCUAUAUCGACAAAACCCUUCUUGCAGAACAGACAGCACAGCAGGCAGCUCUGUUGCAGCAGCAGCAGCGUGCCCUCCAAAAGGCGGCUGCCAAAGCUAAAAAGCAGAAAAGAGCUUCAAAGGUAGCAUACAAGCGCAUUGACCAACUAUGGGACAAUACCCUACACAAUUACAAAUUGACGGAAACUGUCAAGGACCCCGAUGCAAACGAAUGGGAUCAGUAUAUUUUUACUGUUCGCCGUCGAUUUGACUGGGACAACAAGUACAUCGAGACCCUGGUUGAUAUCAAAAGCAAGGCCCUCAAAGAAGCCCUCACUCACAUUAUGGACGGCGUCAAGAGCGUCAGCCUUGUCUCAGAUACCCCAGCCGUGGAUCCUAAUAUGCUCUUCCUUUAUCUGGAGGAGUGCCGUGCAUAUGUCAAGGAGCUAAAAGCUGCUGCGAAAGCCACCGAAAAGAAAAAGGCUAGGAAGCUGGUAGAAAUAAAAGCAACACAUCUUAAAAUGCUGGUAAAAUACCUCGACAAAGACUAUGCAGAUAUCAAAAAGACCCUAUAUCCAUUGCUAGAAAACAACACCAUUACUUUUGACCUACUCUGGGCAUUGUUCAAGCCUAAUACAAUUGUUUAUACUCCUACUUAUGGGGCUGUUGAUGAACCUCGUGCUUUCAAACUCGAAUAUGCGACUAAAGAAAGCUCGUUCAUGAAGGGCCAGUGGUACUCUAUCGAAGGACGUUACCUGGAAUACGAUGGCAAAUCGUUUGGAAUGGGCAACAUGACAAGUGAAGUCGACGCUUUCAAGGGUCCUCGCAAGAUCACCAGCCUUGCUUGCUACCCCAUCCGGUACCACCGUGAUGCAGAGGCAUUGAAGCUUAAGCUCGUGGAACGUGGCAAGAAAUUCGUCUCUCUCCAAGGCAUGAACUAUCGUUUCCAUCAAGGCAUGGCCUUUUUCAAAAAGCGACGCUCGAUCAUCAAAGUUAAUAUUAAUGGUCGUGUGAUGGUUGACCCUGCCUUGCACCGCCGAAUCAAUCCAAACUAUCCCAUAAGCACCGUUAAACCGAAGGAUGCGGAUAAUCUUGACGGCUCUAACGACGACAGCGAUGACGAAGGUUGCUGCUGUGGUGGGUCCUCGUCUGAAUCCGAACGUCCCAAUCGGUAUGAUACCCCAAAAACAAAGCUAAAGCUCGUACACGACAAGGCAGGAAAACCUCACAUUGUCGAAGUUGAUGUCGAUGAGAAUGGGAACGAGAUUGUGAAGGAGGAUAUUGACAAACUUAAAGACGGUGCAAGCAGCAAUGAUGACGUCGACUUCACGGAGGAGGAACUUCUAAUUGCCAGCCCAGUGGUUUUAGGGUUCGCCUUCAGCGAAAAGCUCUGGCUGGAAUUCACUGUUUCUGGUAUCAAGGAUAUCGAAUGGAACACCGGUGCCUUCGAAUCUCUUGUUCUUCCCGGCAAUCAAAAGUCCAUUGUCAAGGCCUUGGUUGAGUCCCACACCUUCCAUGCUGCAGAAAAUAUCGAUGAUGUAAUUCAAGGUAAAGGGAAGGGUCUUGUUGCUGUUCUGCAUGGUCCUCCUGGAACUGGUAAAACUCUUACUGCAGAAGGUAUUGCUGAGCUGCUGAAGCGUCCUCUGUACAUGGUAAGUGCUGGGGAACUUGGAACUGACUCUCGCACACUCGAGGGUGAACUUAACAAAAUCCUCGAUAUUGCACACUCAUGGGGUGCUGUCCUACUCCUUGACGAAGCAGAUGUAUUUUUGGAGAAGCGGACAAUCCAAGACAUUCACCGAAAUGCCCUGGUCAGCAUCUUCCUUCGAUUGCUGGAGUAUUUCCAGGGAAUUCUCUUCCUUACCACCAACCGUGUAGAGACUUUUGACGAUGCUUUCCAGUCUCGUAUCCAUGUUGCCCUACGCUAUGGUGACUUGACGACUAAAGCUAAGCGUACUGUCUGGAAGAUGUUCCUUGAUAGGGUGCGCAACAAGGAGGGACUUGAAGUUACAGGAUUUACGGAGAAGGAUUAUGAUGUUCUUGCAAGGCAUAAUUUGAAUGGUCGACAGAUUAAAAACUCCGUGCGCACAGCCCAAGCUCUUGCCAUUAACGAAAAUACUCCCCUUUCGAUGGAACAUAUCAAUCGUGUUCUCGAUGUUGCCGAGACCUUUGAACAAGACCUGAAGGGCGGAACUGGCUAUAUGGACGCGAUGCGAAGUUAUACCUAA